AUGCUGAAUAGAGUGUUGUUGGUUGCCCUUUCUUGUGUGGUUUUCUUUCACUUGGUUACAACCUUUCCUGUUGGCACUUCAAGUGAUUCCUUGCAGAUUAGGAAUCUUCUGAGUCACAACUUCACCAGAGCUAAUAUCUCUGAAGGUCUCAGUUCAGGAGCCACUUAUUUUGUCGAUGAAGACACUGAGACAUAUUACGACAAAGAGCUAAAGGUCCUGAGAACUACAAGAUUCCCUCGCUAUAACAAUUACCAGCUGCAACCUUAUGUUGCCAACGGUUAUAUUGGUUCCCGAAUCCCCCGAGUUGGGUCAGGAUUUACCUACGACACUAGCGAUAAUAAGACUUCCGAGAAUCUGAAAAACGGCUGGCCCUUAUUCAACAAGAGGUACUCAGGGGCCUUUAUUGCUGGAUUUUUCAACUCUCAACCGACCGUACCUGAGACCAACUUCGAAGAGUUGGAAAAAGACGGUUAUGAGAGUAUUAUUGCCUCUAUUCCUCAAUGGACUAGCCUAGAGUUAACCGUUAAUGUGAAUGGAACCAACCAAACUCUCAAAGCAGAUGAUGUCGAUAUAACCCACAUCAGUGACUAUUCUCAACAGUUAUCGUUGUUAGAUGGAAUUGUCACUACUAAUUACACAUGGUUGGGACUGGUCAAUGUUUCAAUCUCUGUCCUAGCCCAUAGAGACAUUGUAAGUUUGGGAUUCGUGUCUCUGGAGCUAUCAUCGCAGAAGAAUAUAACUGUUUCCGUCACUGAUAUUCUUGAUUUCGCAACCAGCACCAGGUGUUCUUAUUUGGACUCAGGAGUAAAUGAACAGAGUAUUUUCAUGAAGGUUCAACCGUCAAAUGUUCCGACGAAUGCUACGAUUUACUCUUCAUUGAUGAGCUCUAAUUCGACCUCGUCCCUUUUAAAGCAAAAUCAAACGGUAUCUCAAACACUUCGGGUAAAUCUAUCGAAGAACCAAGCUGCAUCGUUUCAAAAAUACGUCGGCGUUGUCUCUGACGACUAUCUAGAUAGCAUUGAAACUAACUUGACCUCUUACCAAUUUGCUAGAGAAACUGCUAAGUUUGCUGAAAUAAAAGGGCGUUCGUGGAUCUUGAAAUCUCAUAAAGAGGCAUGGAACGAAUUGUUAAAUGGAAAGUCUAUUGUCUUUCACGACAAUGAUUUUUUGACAUUGGCUUCCGAUUCAAGCAUUUACCACUUGAUGGCCAAUACAAGAUCAGAAGCCAAUGGAGGCACUUCUGCUUUAGGGGUUUCCGGGCUGUCUUCGGAUUCAUACGGAGGAAUGGUGUUUUGGGACACUGACUUUUGGAUGCUACCGAGUGUCCAAGCCUUUAGUCCCCGACAUGCCGUUUCUUUAUCCAAAUUUAGAGACCAUACCCAUGAUCAAGCUAAGAAGAAUGCCCAAACUCGUGACAUGAAUGGGGCAGUCUACCCCUGGACUAGUGGUAGAUUUGGAAAUUGUACCUCAACUGGUCCGUGUUAUGAUUACGAGUAUCAUAUCAAUAUAGACAUUGCCUUCAUGUUCUGGAAAUUAUAUUUGGGAGGUGCAAUUGAUGAUGAUUAUAUGAAGGAAUUUGGAUACCCAAUAAUUGAAGAUGUUGCCUCUUUUUUCGUGGAUUACGUUGACUACAAUUCAACUUUAGAUAAAUAUACGACCAGAAAUCUGACAGACCCAGAUGAGUAUGCUGAGUUCAAAAAUAACGCAGCAUUUACCAACGUCGGUAUUUCUCAGCUCAUGAAAUGGGCUCUCAUCCUUGGAAAGCAUCUUAAAGUCGGAAAUGAAAGGAGUUACGACAAAUGGGAAGAUAUCAUGACCAAAAUGUAUUUACCUGUCAACCAUGCAGGAGAUGUUACGUUGGAAUAUACAGGGAUGAACAACUCUAUCGAAGUCAAACAAGCUGAUGUGGUUCUUAUUUCUUAUCCUUUAGAUGAUGAGGAUGGUGCCUUACAGGAAUAUUUCGAUUACGAUGAGGAUAGGGCUAUCAGCGACGUUAGAUAUUACUCUGAUAAACAAACAGAUGAAGGCCCGGCUAUGACUUUCUCUGUUUACUCUGCGGUCAAUGCGAAGUUUAACAAAGAAGGAUGCUCUUCUCAAACCUAUCUCUUGAAAUCUGUAGAACCUUAUUUCAGGUUUCCAUUUGGACAGAUGAGUGAACAGUCAACGGAUCAGUAUGAUACCAAUGGAGGAACUCACCCUGCCUUCCCAUUUUUAACCGGUCAUGGAGCUUUCUUGCAAAGUUCUAUUUAUGGUUUGACCGGAUUAAGAUUUAGCUAUAUUUACAACGAUACAGACAAAUCUAUCAAGAGAAGGCUGGCCUUCGAUCCCCUUCAACUACCGUGUUUACCGGGCGGAUUCUCUAUAAAUGGAUUUGUCUAUAUGAACCAGACGUUGGACAUCACUGUGAACGAUACGUAUGCUACAAUUGCACAUCGGGGAAAUGCUACCACCAUCAAUGUUUAUGUGGAUUCUAGAAAUGAAAUGGGAGGUAAGGAACACAAGAUCCAACCAGGAAAGAGCCUUUCCAUCCCAUUAUACCAAACAGAGCAGAAUAUUCCAGGAUCAUUCAUUGAAUGCACGGUAAAGAAUGUCACUGCAUUGCAACCUGGCGUGGUAGGAGACCCUAUCCAGGCAGUUGCUGACGGAGAUAACUCCACUAUCUGGAAAAUUGAAUCUCGUGAAGAACCGACUCAUCUGAUAUUUGAUCUUGGAGAUGAGCUUGACAUUGAAGGAGGCUUGGUUGUAUGGGGAACAUAUCCUGCAGAGAGCUUUUCAGUCUCGGUUUUGAGAGAUUUUAAUUCAACGAACUACAGAGUCAUCAACAACGUUGAAAACUACGAUUUGAUCUACGAAUCUGGGAAUGUCACAGCAUCCAGCCCUUUUGACGAAUCUCACAUCAAGAAAGUCCAAAUCUUGCCUCACAAUUGUACGAAUUUUACGUUUUCCGAACUGACAGCCUCUAGGUAUGUCUUAUUUGAGUUCACAGAUGUUCUAGGUUACCCCCAAGAUUAUUCAUAUGGAGCCCAAGUAGCCGAAGUUGUUCUCUACUAA